AUGGACAGCCAAUUAAAUUUAUGUGGAAUUUCAAUCGUUCGUGCUGGUGAGAGUAUGGAAUUCGGUUUACGUUCGUUGAUACCUGACAUUCCAAUUGGUAAAAUUUUAAUUCAACGUGAUGAAUUUACACAAAACAAACAAGCUAAGCUCUUUUAUACCAAACUUCCAAUGAAUAUAACACAAGCAAAGCAAAUAUUUUUAAUGGAUCCAAUGCUGGCUACUGGUGGAAGUUGUAUACUAGCAAUAAAAACGCUUAUUAAAUUCGGUGUUACUAUCCAACAAAUUACUUUCAUUAAUUUGAUUGCGUGCCAUGAAGGACUAGAGCGUGUAUAUGCAAAAUAUCCACAACUGAAGAUUGUUACGAGCUUUGUCGAUCAGGGAUUGAAUGAAAACUGUUAUAUUCUGCCAGGAAUCGGCGACUAUGGCGAUCGGUACUUCGGUACUGUUACUCCGUGAUACAGAAAGUUACAAUUGAAGAAUAUUUUAUCUUACAAUAUCGAGCUUUUGAUGCCACUUGCAUUGCUAUCAGGCAAAUUUCAACUGAACGAAAAAUAUGGAAAAAAGAAAUCAGAGAUUGUUUUUGCGUUCUUAUAUUAUUUUGAAUGAUAAAUCAAAUGGCUAUGAAUACUUGAAGUUAUCCUUCCUUAUGUAAAAGUUUUUCAUUUCAUUGUAUGUUAUCGCCUUGUGUUCAUGUGUUAAUAGUGUCUCUUUUAAUUGUCUUCUUAACGUUCUUUUCAUAUGCUAAGAAGCUCAGUUCAUUUAAGAUGAGUUGAUGAUCAUUUUGUAUAACAUGUAGAGAUGCCAUUACAUACAAAGCUUGUUUUUCGAUAAUGGAUGAAGGUGUUGCUACAUUUUAUUCAAAAGAAGCGUUAUUCAUUCUAGAAGCUAGUAUCGAAUUAAAAACGGCUUGUUUUGCCCAUAUAGCAGAUUGCGUGCGAUAUGUAUUGAAAACGAAGUGUUGUUUAAUUUGGCAUCCGUAUUCAGAAUAAAAGAUGUCAUCAUCGGAAAAAAUGGUCAAUGACAAAUAUAUUUAAAAGCAACGGACGAAGGUACAGAUAUGGGAAAUGAUUAUAUUAAUUUGAUAAGAUCAGAAGCAAAUAAAAAAAACGAAUAUCAUUGUUAUAUUCGGAGGGUUGCUAACAUCAAUAGGUGAAUAUAAAAAAAGCACAAGAAUAUCUUCGAAACUGAGAACAAUCGAUGAUAAACGAUAAUUUGACUGGUGAUAAAGCAAGUGUGAACUAUUAUAUUGCACUCAACUAUUAUCGCGUUGGUGACUAUGAUAAUACAGUAAUCUAUUGGGUUAAAACAUUAUUGUAUUCUAUACAAUAUUAGAGAAUUCAGGGCUGAGCAACUCCGCUGACUUUCAACUCCAACUCCACUCCAACUCAACUCCGUUUUCAAAUUUCCUACUCCAACUCUAACUCAACUCCGCUCAAAAUUUUUCAACUCCAACUCCAACUCUCUCAACAAAAAUCUCAACUCCAGUUCAACUCCGCGGCUUGCCCACUCGAGACUUCGCUGUUCAAGUUUUUGAAAAAGUUAUUUUAGAGUAGAACUGAGAGGAGCAUAUCACUAGAUGCAGUUUCUGGCGCUGAUUACGAAUUUCACAUUAGUUUUUUUUAAAAGUUAAAUUUUGGCACGAAAAAUCCAGUUUUACAUUUUUUGAAAACUGUAUUUUCAAUUUCCUCACCUAGACACUUUUCCUAAUAAAAAUGGAACCCCAUACUAAUCGAUGGAGAAUUCGAUUCUCUACAAGAUGAUAUGUUUCUUUUGAAGUUUAGAUUCAAAACAAGUUUUCAAUAAAGUUUUAAGUUUAAGAUUCUCACACAAUUCUAAGAAGGUGAAAACAUUUUUUCGGCUUUAUUUUCACCCUAGUCUAUAUCAGAUGCCUAAAACUAAGUUCGAUGCGAAAAUGAAAUCCUUUGAGCAAUGUUUAGUGCUCCAAACUUUGUUGGGAAAAACGAUUGUCACAGCGUCACGACGAUAAAACACAAUUAUUGAGGAACGGAAAGCUCAUUGGAAAGAUUCUUUUUAGCAAUCAGUAGCUCGUUUACUCCUCUACAAAUUUUGCUCGCGGCGCUUUUAUUAGCUCUUCUAAAUUCGCAGCAAGUAAGCUUUUAAUGAGAAGCACUUCGAAUUUAGGGCCUUUUUUUGUCACAGCGUCACGCGCCGAAAAACGGUUCUAAAAAUUCGAGUCUUUAACCACAUACCUUCAUUUUUAUACCCAAAGUAGAGUAUGGCGAGCUCCGUCGAAUGGCGCAAGAACGAAGUUUCUAGCUGUUACACUUUUUGAGAAAAGCUCAAAUUACUGUGUCAAAAAUGUUACAGCGUCACGCUUGGACAAGCCGUCCGGUUGCUUCACUUUUGUACGGAAGAUUUUUCGAUUCUUAGCAGGAUUCUGGGCGCUUUUGAGCUUUUUCCGGCAAGAAAGCGCAAAGAACUUCCGAAUUCACUCGUGAAUACGGCCACUCAAUCGUUUAGAAGACCCGUUCACAACUAUUCAAUAUUUCCAAAAAUGCAAAACGGAGUUGAGAAUAAAUAUUCAAAAACCCAACUCCAACCUACUAAAAUCUCAACUCCAACUCCGCCAAAGUCAACUCCGACUCCAACUCCAACUCCAACAAAAAAAUCCUCAACUCCGGAGUUGGAGUUGCCCAGCCCUGAGAGAAUUCUAAGUAUCUUAUAGAACAGUACCUGAGUUGUGAAUGAUCCUCCUCUUUCUCCUCUUUUCCCGUCAUUUUUCCUCUUUUUCGAUGAUUUUGUUACAAAAAUGCCUGUGUUUUAAGCAAUUUCAGAUUCGAAUGUAGUUUUUUUCUCCCCUCUACUUAGAAUUUUGCUGCUUUUUUUUUAGAGUUGAAAGUUAGCCCACUUUUCUGAAAGCUCUUGUACUGCUAUGUGAUCUUACAGAAAAAAUGCACACCCCUCCUGCUUUUUUCUCUCGCCACGUCACUGCAUAAUUCAGGUAUGAAAUCGUGAAUAAAUUAGGUGAACAUCUCAGCAGUGCCGUGUCUUAUCACCUCCGAAUUUACUACAACGCAUAGAGACCUGCAAUACAGUUUUAGAUCGGAAAAAAUCCUCUUUUUUCGACACUAAUCCUCUCAAAAAAUUUUUAGAAAAUCCUCUUCUAUCCUCUUUUUUUCAAAAAUGACCG